GCAGAUUCAGUGCGAAGCGGGUAGAGGGAAGAGCAGACAGAAGGAACAGAAAAAGAAGGAGAGGGGGAGUGGGAGGGAAGAGUUAAAGGGACUAAAGAUAUAUUUAAUAGUGUGGGUGUGUGAAGCAGCCAGGCAUGCAUCAUAACUGUGCCUUCUUCUUCUUGGAGCAGCUGGAUGGUCAGAGCAUCAGCAGAAUUUAGCUGCUUUGUCCAAGUGCUGUUUUCACGAUGGAAGCCGCUUUGUUUCUGCAGCCUGGACGACUUUGUUAACUGGAAACAACAAAUAUACGAGUGAACCUUCAUGAGCCUCCUGUCUGUCAACAACCGAGAUUUCACCCGAGAUGGCUCUCAUUCCUGUCAUCAUCUGCCUCUUGUUGAUGGCAGCCCUGGCCUCCCCCCAUCCCACUGUUCCCCCUUCUCCCCGUGGGUGUGGGCCAGAUGUGGACCCCCCCUACAGAGUGCUGUGUGACCUGGAGGCGAUAUGGGGAAUCGUUCUGGAGGUGGUGGCAUGCGGUGGUGGCCUCACCUCUCUGGUUCUGGCGGUUCUUCUGAUCAUCAAGAUCCAGGGGGUGUCCGACCCUUCACGGCGCUCUGGCCUUGGCCCCCUCCUCCUGCUGCUGGGCACACUCCUGGGGCUGUUUACCAUCUCUCUGGCAUUUCUGGUGGGGAAGACGCAGGUGCUGUGUGUGGUGCGGAGGGCCUUCUGGGGCCCCCUGUUUGCUUUGUGCUUCUCGAGCUUGCUAGUGCAGGGGGUGCGGCUCAGGAGACUGGUGGGGGGCCAGCCAAGCCCUUCAGGAAGUGCCCUGGCAGCACUGGGUUUGGCUCUGGCUUUGGUUCAGGGGAUCAUCUCUGCUGAAUGGGUUCUGCUGACUGUGGUUCGGGAGGGACACCCCGCUUGUGAGUACCCACCCUUGGACUUCGCCCUGACCUGCAGCUACACUUUGGGCUUGCUCCUCAUCGCUAUGGGCCUGUCUCUGACUGUAAUUCUGUGUGGAGGAGAGCUGGCAGCAGAUGGAGGGGAUGACAGCGAGGAGGACAGAGAGGGUGAGAAUGACAGAGGAAGCUGGAAGUGUAACGCCGUCUGGGUCUUCCUGUCCAGUCUGGCAUCAGCCUUGCUGUGGGUGGGCUGGCUGGGAUUUUACCUUUACGGCAGCCAGGUAUUGAGGGGAAGGGGGAACAAAGAGAGGGGUGGAGUAGGCAGGGAUACAAAGGUGUUGGAUGAGCCUGCUCUGGCUGUGGCCCUGGUGAUCCAGGGAUGGAUCCUGUUGCUGUUCCAUGCCAUACCAGAGUCACAUCUGUGUCUCAAGAAAACUCCCCCACCUGGCUCGGAGGACCUCUUUGACGGCAGCCAGAGGUCUCCAACCAGACAAUAUGGAGAGGAGCUAUCUGGACAUUCCCACCCCUCCUUCCAGGAAAACCAGGCCUUCUCCAUGGAGGAGCACAGCUCAAGCCUCCGAAGUGCAACUUACCACGGCAGCCGCCCCGGCAUCGCCUUCAGAGGCCACGUCUACCAGCCCACUGAGAUGGCUUUGGUCAUGAACGGCGGAACCAUGCCCACAGCGCCCAUCACCUACACUGGACGACGCUUAUGGUAGCCAAAAAGGAAGAGAGGAGUUGGACAGGAAACGUCCAGAUGGCUGUGAUGAAGACAGUGCUUUACUGUGUUUGUUAUGUGAAUUCCUCACUUUAGACCAAAAUUACAUUUCUUCUGCGCCUCUUCCCAGAGGAGAAACCAGAGGCAGCUGCAGUUAGAGAUGCUCCGAUCAACAAGCAAUGACUCACAAUGAAACAAAAACUUCAUGUAAACUAAAAAACAAAUCAUACGCUGCAUAGGAAAGCUUUUUAUGAUAAGUGUUUAUGAUCAUGAACAUGUUUAAACAAAGGAAUUGCCAUAGUUUUAGGCAGACAAGGUUAGAGACCCACAUCUUCCCUCUCAUCUAAAGGGACGUCCAUGAACCAAUUUAGUGAAACAACUCAACAUCAGAGCAAAACUCCAGAGAACUGCAUUUAUGAAAACGGCCUCCUUCAGCUUUUAGGAUAGAGGCAGCAGUAAAAUCCAGUCUAUUCUAUCAGAAAUGAUGCCCAACACAAUCUGAUUUCGGCUUGGUAAAAGAAAACCAGCUUUUACUGUUGUUAGCUUCAGUAAAUGAAAAUAAAAUGAUGGACCAAAGAGAAGAGGAGAACCAAAGGGAGGAGAUGCUGUCAGCUCCGAGAACAAAACAGCCAUAAUCUAAAUCUGCAGAAGCAGGAACAAAGACAGUUUGAAAAUGUCUGCUGGGUAAAGGUGAUGGGGUGAGAAGCUGCAGGAGUUUCUUCAGAGAUGAGAGUUAGAGGACACUUUUCUUCUUCUGGAUUAUUUUGGUCCUGGUCAGAGCUUGUUUUAAACAACAGCGCCCCCAAAUGAAGAGCUGUGGGAAGUGCAGGAUGUUUCCAGGCAGUUUGGUCAGCUUGUGUUCUUGGGUCUCUGCUGAGAGUGUCGUGUGUGUGAAAGCAGACCAAACCAGGAACAAUGGGGCUGUCACAGAGCAGAGGAGAGCUCAGCUUUAGUGUUUUGUGCAGCGUCUGUCAUGUUUUGCUGCUGAUGCGACAGGAUCAGCAACAACUUCGGCUUCAGAAACGACGUAAAACGUGUGAAUGUAUAUAUACAUUUUCAAAAGUGCUUUAUAGAAAAGUGAAUAAGAAAGACUCCACUCCAUUCUCUGUUUACAUCACAGUCAAAUAUUUAAAAUCAUUGAAACUGCUGUGUUUGCAAAGAAUAUACAUGCAUUUUAGCAUCCAUAGUCAUGUGAGCUGCUGUCUGCAUUAUUCUGGUCAGUCCAAAAAUUCUAAUAAUAAUAAAUCAAUUCUUGACUAAAGGGGCUUGAGGAGAGCUAAAAUUUCAUAAAAUUCUUUCUCUUUUUUUUUUGCUUUGUUUAUUGUGAGGAUGAGGAAGAUGAUGAAGAGCAGCUUCAAACCAGUGUUUUGACACGAGUGAAUGUUUAAUAAUAAUAUAUGUUGCAUAAAACUGCACUUUCCUCAAAUCUGCCUCUAGUAUAUUGAUGUAAAUUAGCAGCAGACGCCCACGCAGCUGGCUUGUUGGCUGCAUUUCAGGGUUCCCAUGGCGACUGCAGACAGCAGGACACUUCCUGUCUCUGGUGCAUUCAGAAGCGUAAAAUAAAGCCAUGUAACUUUGUAAUGUCUCUCUGCCACCGGACACAACAACCUUGAAAAACUGCAGGACAUUUAGAAGACAUAAUAUAUUUUUGUUCAGAGGUACAAGCGAAACAUUUCUACUUUUAUUUAUUUCCACAUUUCUCGUGCCUAUGUAUGUUUACGGCGUGGCCAAAUUGAUAGCACCUCCCUCUCAUUUGAAACUGUAAAGUAUUAUAAAAACUUUCUAGAAUUUUAAAAACAAAAAACUACAUAAAUAUGGAAAAUUAUGGAAAAAUGACUUUAAAUAUUAAACAAAUGGAAAAACAUAAAUAAGUACAUUUAUACAUUUUGAUAGUGUGUAUAUCUGAACAAAAACUAUGCAAUGUCUUUUGUUUUUGGUGGUGAAACAGAGUUUUCACUGUGGAUUCAAAGAGUUGAAGCCAGGUUAAAUAUUCAGCUAAGUUUGUCCUAUGAUCAUGAGGGCUCACUCGGCCAGAACCAUAGAACUCCUUAUUUCUUUGAAAGCUGGCUAAAGUGUUUUAAGGCGUCGCCUAAAAACAAAUAACGACAAAAGGAGAAACUGAAGCUUCAUCCAGUUCAGGCCUGGUCCUCCCAGAAACCCAGAUGAGCUUCAUUGCACUUUAAAAGGAAACAAACUCCAGCAGAACCAGACAAAGUGUGUGUGAACCCACACUCUCGCUCCUGCUUCCCCUUGACUUCAGUUUUGUUUGGCGCCCCCAUGAGGAGCAGUGGAGCAAUGACGCUGUUUGUUCUUGUUUCCUCAUCAGGAAACUUUCAGCGGAUUUGGGCCUGUGGCCUCCAGGGCGCUUCAUUUUAAAUGGAUUCUCUUCAGACUGUGGACGCUUGAGUUCUGCGGUUUGAUCAUCCAUAACUAAGUUAUGAGUUUAUGAAGCAAUAUAAAAACCUCUGCCAUGGACCCUAACAGAAAGAUCGGCUGUGUUGUUUCUUUGUUCAUCAGGGUGUUUACAAUCAGUAUUUCUAAGAACAUAAAGGCCAAACAAUCCAAACACUUGAGGGGGGGUGUCAUUUAAAUCAGAUUCAGCUCCAGGUAGGAGCUUUUCACAUGGGACGUAAAGUGCAGGUCUGAGCUGAAAACCUUCAGUUCAGCGUGAUGUUUUUGUGAUCUUCUUCCUGUGCCGCUGUUUCACUUUUACAGCUUUCAAGUGCAUCGUUUUUAAACCUGCCUCUGUGACCUGCGACCUCAGAGUCAGAGUGGAUGAACUAACAAGGAUGGAAAACUCUUCUAUGUUCAUCCCCCCUCCAGCAUCACUUUAUAUUUGAAGUGCUUCAAAUGUUAAUAAAGUUUUGUGAAUUUGA